AACGUCGGACACUAUAUGACGACGUCGAUAACGAUGUUAAUGACGGUCUUUCAUGAACUUAAUUCUUUAGCUUUUGUCUCGUUAUUGUGGUAAAGUUAGCAGAGUUUCAUGGAAAAAGGUGGAACACGGGUAGUCGACAGCUAAAAACUUGUUGAGAGCUAAGUCUUGGCAGCGAAUAUCGUGUAGUGGUGACCGCUACAUUCAAAUCAGCUGUUUGUUUCAGCAGACUAGAAAAAGGCGGUAAAUUGCCACCCGGAAUCCCGUUGCAGUGAUGUCAUCGUCAUCAUCAACAUCAACCUGCGAUGAUAGACGACUACACAAACAGACCUUCAGCUAAGGAAAAACCAAAGUUGGACCCAACGAGUCAAUUACGAGACUCGUGUCGCCACAGCGCAGGGCUAAAUGUUAGAAAUUAACAUGUUCCAGAUAUCGUCAUAUCUGUAUUUUUAUUCGAAAAUCAUCACCAUCCUCGUCGUCGUCGUCCAAUUCAAGAUGGCAGCUCCCACAAAUGAGAAAUAGAACGCCUAAUGCCGGAGAGGACGCCGUAGCUUCACUAAUGAGAUUUUCAAGAUCGUUUACUUUUGAUUGACUUCGUUUCGAGACCACACGACAACGUCCUAAAAAAAGGCUAAAUGUUUUAUUAGGUUUUGAAUUGAAUAAGUUUGUUUUCUUCUUUUUCCAAGAUUAAGCAUUUUUGUUGCUAAAAGCAAAAUUAUAUAUUAAUAAAGUUACUAAAUUUACUUGGCGUACGAAAUAUAUGAUAUUUGUGCAAAAGCUUAUUUUUUUGCGACCUUUUUCAAAAAUAACAGAUAUGUGAAUACAUGGCAGUCUUUCUGGUUAAGCAGACAGACCGCUAAAAAACUGCCAGGCCCUCUCCAAUUGCUUUGAAUAUAAAUAUUGUUGAGAAAGCUGAUAGGCCAAAAUAAGCUGCCCUUACAAGUAACGAAACUCCCUUGCACGUUACCGCGCACUUUCUAACUGACUCGAUCGGAUAAAAGUUGUUUUAGUUUAGUUAAUAGAUAUUUACUAAUAACCAACAAGGAUACAAUUGUAUCUCUACCAAUGUAGUUGUAUUUGCAUCAGUCUAAACAUUAAGGCAUAUGGCUAGGUUAUGAAGGAAGUCAAUAAAUGACAUAGCAUAUCUGUCACUGACAUCGUCCUCCAUUUCAAAAUGGCGCCCCUCAUCGGAGUAAAUAGAACGUAUGGUGAAAGACGGAGUUCGCGCCAAGUUAGCAGGCUGCGCAUCAACCAACAACACAGUUUGAAGUUGUAUGUAGGACCCUCGUGGCCGGCAGCCUCUCCGCACGAAAAACAUCCGACGAGGAAUAAAGCUAACGACUGAAAGUGACUUUGUACCUUUAAAAGUCUUACACAUCUUACCUUUGAUUGCUUUAUCCCAUCUGCAAGACCGUUAUGAGAACGGCGAUCUUACAUGACCCGUUGUUCUGGUCAGGCGUCGGUACCGGAAUUAGUUGUUGUGUAGCAUUGGGUCUUAUUUUUGUUAAUCGGCGCACCUUCAGCCGCCUAAUACCCUUCAAAUCCUUUGGGAAGAUGAUCUUACAUUUCGAUGAGAAGACGUUUCCUCGAGAUACAAAAAUGGUUCUCGUUGUGCGAAUGGACUGUAACAUGGAAAGAGGAAAAAUCGCCGCUCAGUGUUCACACGCCGCUGUCCUGGCUUAUAAAGAGAGCACAAAGAUCCAGCCGGAAAUGUUGCAAAGAUGGGAUCUUACCGGGCAACCAAAGGUCGUUGUGAAAGUAAAUUCUGAAGAAGAGAUGCUACAAAUUUACCAAAAGGCUAAGCGUUUAGGUCUUGUCACAUCAAUGGUACGGGACGCAGGCCGAACACAAGUUGUCCCUGGGACGAGAACUGUUGUGUGUAUAGGACCUGGCUUCAAAGAUACCGUCGAUCAGUGCACUAGCCAUCUAAAACUACUUUAAAAAAUAUCUAAGGGAAAAACAAUCGUUUACCAUUAACCACGCUCGCUAAAAACCAACUGAGUGUUAUGUUUGUUGGUACGCAGCUGAUCUCAUUUUCAUUAAAUAGCUUGCAAUAAAUACACUUGUACUUACUAAAUCAUCGGUGCUCCAUGUUCAUAUAAAUAGACAUUACAACUCAUUAAUAUUAUUUCGGAUUUGUCCAAGCGGCGCUACCAAGAGAAGAAAAUGAGAAAAGUGACAUAAUACGAAAAAUAAUACUUAUAAUGAAAAUAAAAUAUCUACAAGUGAAAAUCAAUUGAUCGAAAAUUGAUCGUUUUUUAUUUGUCUGAACAAUAUUUAAUGCCAAACGCGUAGGUUGCUGAGUAAGAAAAUGAUCGAUGUAUGUUAAUAUCAGUAUGUCAAGUACUUGUACUAAUAAUAAUGCUAAUAAAUAAAGAGUCACUUUUU